CAAGUUUCAUCAACCCAAACUUUGGUGAAUCUGAUUCCACUUUUGAAAUCAAACAAAAGCCAAUUGAACCUUUGAAGGAUGGCCAAUUGUUGGUCAAGAUUUUGUUGAUCUCCAAUGAUCCAACUCAAAGAGGCUGGAUUAGAUCAAAGGACUCCAAGCAAAGAUACUAUGUUCCACCUGUGGAAAUCGGAUCUGCAAUGCAAUCAUUAGCUAUUGCAGAAGUUGUUGAAAGUAAGUCAAGCAAGUAUGCCAAGGGUGACGUGGUCAAUGGUAAGUUCAACUGGGCAGACUACAUUGUUGUUGAAGAUGCAGCUGUUUUCAACAAGAUUGACAAGUCCUUGGGUUUCCCCUUGGAAUUUUACCUUUCUGUCUUAGGUAUGACCUCUUUGACUGCCUUUUUCGGGUUAACUGAAGCUGGUGAAAUGAAAAAGUUCUUGACUGAAACUCCCGAAAAGCCAUAUAUCUUGUUGGUGUCUGCUGCAUCUGGUGCUACCGGAUCAGUUGUUGUCCAAAUUGCCAAACAUGUCUUGGGGGCUUCCAAAGUCAUUGGUAUUUCCGGAUCAGACGAGAAAUGUAGAUGGGUUGAAAGCUUAGGUGCCGAUUUAUGUGUCAACUACAGAAACGAAGACUACCAAAAACAAAUUGACGACUUCCUUGGUGAUGAUUUAGUUGAUUACUACUACGACAAUGUUGGUGGAUCAAUCUUGGACUACGCUUUAACCAAAACAGCAAAAUUUGGUCACGUCAUUUCAUGUGGAUCGAUCUCCACUUACAACUCAAAAGGUGACAACUCAGCUCCAGGAAUCAAAAACUGGGGAGAACUUACUGUUAAUUCAUUGACUGUCAAGGGGUUCCUUGUAAGUGACUAUUUCUCAAAAUUUGAACAGGGAUUCCAACAUUUGGGUAAAGCCGUCAAAGAAGGAAAAAUUAAAGCUCAAGGUGCAUACCAUGUUGACACUUUGACUGGUGAUAGCAUUGAAAAGAAAUUGGAACAAAUUCCAAAAAUUUGGAACCAAUUGUUUGUUGGUGAAAAGCCAAAUGGUAAGUUGAUCACCAAAGUAGCUUAA